CUUCAUUCUUUUCAUUUUAAAGCUAUUUAUGCAUAUUUAUUAAAUCCUUUUAAUAAAAGAUUCAAUAAAUAUGAAAAUAAGGGGAGAAAUUAGGACUAAAAAAUCAUUAAGUUCCGUUAAAAAGAAUAUUAAUCCUUCAAUUAUAAGAUAUGAUAAAAAUAUAAUGAAUAAGUUAGAAAGCACAAAUACUAUCUCAUCGGUAAAUGGAGGUUUCGAUACGCAAACGGUAACAUCGAUACCUUCUCCACAUGUAACUGGAAAACACUCCUCAACUCAAACUAUUCCAAUAAUAGUUUGUUUAGUAACAAUGUGUCUUCUAAUAAUUGCCGCAAUAAUUUUCGUUUUUCAUCAUAGACGAAAAUUCAAUGCUGAAAAAGAUGAAAAUGAAAAUCCUAUAAAACUUGCAAAAAGGACAAAUGAAAUGAGGGAUAUAAUAUCAGAAACAACUUCAAUGAGUGAUGAUGAUAUUGAAUCAAAAAGAUCUUCCGGUUCCUCAUUUCUUGCCAUUGAAGUUAUGACAAAUACUUUAUCAAAUAUAAUUAAACAACAAGGAGGAAAAAUUAAGAUCUCUGAUACUAAUAAUAUAUCAGCAACAAACGAUUUGGUUAAAGUAAAAUCUUUAGAACUUCUCGAAAAUCGUGAUACCUCCAAAAGUUCUAGGCGUGUAAAUAGCUUUAUAAGUAUGGCCAAUAAUAUGUUUGGAAAAAGUUCCUCGUGAUAAGUCAUUUGACGUAUAUCUUUGUUUAUAUAUUAUAUAUAUAUAUUUAUUUACCUGUAAUUGUACGAGAAUUUGUUAAAUUUUUUUCUUUAAUUGUACAAAUUAUGUAAUAGCUG